UCCACUAGACUGCUGACUGCCAAAGAACUUUUGGAUUGCUCAUACAUGGCUCUGAGCAUUGCCUCUACUUCAUUGACAAGCCUUCCGACCAGUAUCAGGUACUUGGAUUUACCUCAAAAAGCUUUCCUCGGGAAAAUUUCAACCUGCCAACCUGGGAAAAUUAAGGUAAAAUUGAAUGCAACAAAAGGGGUUUCCAGUGUAUGUGAGCCUCUCCCUCCGGAUAGACCAUUGUGGUUCCCUGGCAGCUCACCUCCAGAAUGGCUAGAUGGGAGUCUUCCUGGAGAUUUUGGCUUCGAUCCUCUUGGAUUAGGAUCUGACCCGGAGUCGCUGAAAUGGUUUGCACAAGCGGAGCUAAUGCACGGUAGGUGGGCAAUGCUUGCAGUGGCAGGAAUCCUCAUUCCAGAAUGGCUUGAAAGCUUAGGCUUCAUCGAGAACUACAAUUGGUUUGAUGCUGGUGCUAGGGAAUAUUUUGCAGAUCCAACAACAUUGUUUAUAGUGCAGUUAGUAUUGAUGGGUUGGGUUGAGGGAAGAAGAUGGGCAGAUAUGAUUAACCCUGGAUGUGUUGACAUAGAGCCUACGUUGCCAAACAAAUCAAAACCAAAGCCAGAUGUUGGUUACCCAGGUGGGUUAUGGUUUGAUCCCAUGAUGUGGGGCAGAGGGUCCCCUGAGCCUGUAAUGGUAUUGAGGACUAAGGAGAUCAAGAAUGGGCGUUUAGCUAUGUUAGCAUUUGUUGGCUUCUGCUUCCAGGCCGUCUAUACUGGGGAAGGUCCCAUUGAAAACUUGAUGGCUCACAUUGCAGAUCCUGGUCACUGCAAUAUAUUCUCUGCUUUCACAACUCAGUGAUGGUGAUGGCAUAAUCAGAGAGCUUGCAGCAAGCCAGGGCCUGUGUAAAUUGACAGAUUUCUUGGAUUCUGAAAGGAUGGAUGAACUCUAAACACUAGGCAAGCCAAGGGAAACUUAGUUCAACUUUUUGCUUUUAACUUGUUUUGCCUUUCUUAGUGUUCCAUUUUGAUAAAUGUAUAUAGAGAUGAUCAAAUGACAGGCCAGUUCCAGUUUAUGAUCAGCAAUAUAAGACAUACAAUGGAUCUAUAUUCAUUAUAAGAGUAGUGAUAUUUGCAAUGAAACAGAAGAAUGCUUUGAUCAUUUGAACUCA